AUGACGGGCGGAAGGUUCGACUUCGACGAUGGCGGCACCUACUGCGGCGGCUGGGAGGAGGGCAAGGCGCACGGGCAUGGCAUCUGCACGGGGCCCAGGGGCCAGGGCGAGUACUCGGGCUCCUGGUCGCACGGCUUCGAGGUGGCUGGAGGCUACACCUGGCCCAGCGGCAACACCUACCAGGGCUACUGGGCGCAGGGCAAGCGGCACGGGCUGGGGGUGGAGACGAAGGGCAAGUGGAUGUACCGGGGGGAGUGGUCACAUGGUUUCAAGGGGCGCUACGGGGUCCGGCAGAGCCUGUGCACCCCCGCUCGCUACGAGGGUACCUGGAGUAACGGGCUGCAGGACGGGUACGGCGUGGAGACCUACGGGGACGGAGGUACUUACCAGGGCCAGUGGGCCGGCGGCAUGCGGCACGGCUACGGCGUGCGCCAGAGCGUGCCGUACGGCAUGGCCACGGUGAUCCGCUCGCCGCUGCGCACCUCCAUGGCCUCGCUGCGCAGCGAGCAGAGCAACGGCAGCGUGCUCCACGACGCCGCGGCCGCCGCCGACAGCCCCGCCGGCACCCGCGGCGGCUUCGUGCUCAACUUCCACGCCGACGCGGAGCUCGCGGGCAAGAAGAAGGGCGGCCUCUUCCGAAGGGGCUCCCUCCUCGGAAGCAUGAAACUUCGCAAGUCCGAAUCCAAGUCUUCCAUCUCCAGCAAGCGCAGCUCGGUGCGCAGCGACGCGGCCAUGAGCAGAAUUAGUUCCAGCGACGCCAACUCCACCAUCAGCUUCGGCGACGUAGAUUGUGAUUUUUGCCCCGUGGAAGACCACGUGGACGCCACCACCACGGAAACCUACAUGGGCGAGUGGAAGAACGACAAGCGAAACGGGUUCGGCAUUAGCGAGCGCUCCAACGGCAUGAAGUACGAAGGCGAGUGGGCAAACAACAAGAGGCAUGGCUACGGCUGCACCGUGUUUCCCGACGGCUCCAAAGAAGAGGGGAAAUACAAAAAUAAUAUUCUGGUCCGUGGAAUAAGGAAGCAGCUGAUACCGAUACGAAAUACAAAAACUAGGGAGAAGGUGGACCGAGCAAUUGAAGGCGCGCAAAGGGCGGCUGCCAUGGCCAGAACCAAAGUGGAAAUAGCGAAUUCGAGGACCGCACACGCACGAGCGAAAGCUGACGCCGCCGACCAGGCAGCUCAGGCUGCCCGCCAGGAGUGUGACAUCGCAAGAGCUGUGGCCAGGGAGCUGUCGCCGGACUUCUACCAACCAGGCCCAGAUUAUAUCAAACAGAGAUUUCAGGAAGGUGUAGAUGCUAAAGAAAACCCAGAAGAAAAAGUACCAGAAAAGCCGCCUACACCAAAGGAAUCUCCUCAUUUUUAUCGCAAAGGCACGACCCCCCCUAGAUCUCCUGAAGCAAGUCCCAAACAAAGCCAUUCUCCCCAGCCCUCCUCCCCGAAACCCACGAAGAAGCAGAACCCCAGCUCAGGGGCGAGACUCAACCAAGACAAACGGAGUGUGGCUGAUGAGCAGGUGACGGCCAUCGUCAAUAAGCCUUUGAUGUCAAAGCCUCCCACGAAGGAGGUGGGAGCCAUGGUGCCCCUUUCCAAGUACUCUGGCCGCCACCACAUCCCUAACCCCAGUAACGGGGAGCUGCAUUCUCAGUACCACGGCUACUACGUGAAACUGAACGCCCCCCAGCACCCCCCGGAAGACAUGGAGGAAGAUGAAGGAUCGAGCCAGUCUUCCUCAGUGCUGGUGCACAAGCCAACACCCAACAAGUGGAGUCCCCCUAAAUCUGUGACAAAACCAUUUGCCAAAGAAAGCAAAGCUGAGCCAAAAGCUAAGAAGUCUGAACUUGCUAUACCAAAGAAUCCAGCAAGCAACGAUUCAUGCCCUUCUUUGGAAAAAGAAGCCAAUUCGGGCCCUAACUCAGUCAUGAUCGUCCUUGUCAUGCUGUUGAAUAUCGGGUUGGCCACUUUUUGUUCACUUUCUAACUUGAUUGGAAUUAGAAAAGAAGGGCAAUAUGUUGAGAGUCCUGGGUGUGACCGAUAUGGAAUAAAGAAGCAAGCAGAAAGAGAGCAAAUGAAAAUUACAACUUGUAUAUUUAUUUAUUUUGUACCUUUUGCUUUGACUUUUAAAUUUAGGAAGUAGUUUUUAGCCAAGAAACGUUUCAGCUCCUGUGUCAGUCUCCGUACUCACUGCGCCUUCCUAACCCCAUAGCUCUUGAUGCUGGGAAAGUGGAUUUUUUUAAAAAAAUAAAUAAAUAAAAUAUUUAAUCUUAUUAAGUGUUUAUUUAAAACGUGUAAUGCUUUGGAAAUAAUGGGUAACAGAUAACUAAAGGAUAUGUUUAUAAAGUGAGCAUGUUGGUUCCAUUUAUAAAUAUAUGUAUGAUUUAUAAGCUUUUUUAAAAACAAAGCUCAAAUUGUUGGUAUUUUUCUAAAAUGUGCACAGCUGUAUUUUACAUGAAAGGCUCUUUCUAAUGGGUUGUUAUACUGUACUCUACAUUUUGGACAGCACAUGAAGUCUGCCAAUGUACUUAAUAAAACAUGACCUUGUUUAUUUAAAAGUUUCUUGCUGUGAAAAAGAACUCCCUACCUGUGAGUUCCUCUAUUUAUAAUCCUUGAAACCAAAAUGUAUAAUGUACAGUUUUCACAACUGUAUCUGCUCUAAUAAAAAA